AUGGAAGGUUAUUUCUUAAAGCAUUCCCCCCUGAUUUUCAAAAUAGGCAUCACGCACGAUCCUAUCUUCAGAUGGGCGAAUGAUGUCUACGGCUAUGGCGUGGCUAGAGACUCCUGGGCAGAGAUGGUAGUGCUCUACUUAUCGGCCAGUUGCUCCUCUGCAGUGCGUGUGGCCGCCAAUGUGGUGCGUGACACAGGGUCAAGUGUGCGAGGGCUAGGCAAGUUUGCAAAGAAAAGCACAAAGAAUGCUGAAAGGAACUUGCACCGUGUCAUUUCGAAGCAAAUGAAGCUCAGUUUGCCGAUCCCCAUAACGAAGCUUGGACGUGGGGAUCUUGCACAUGGCAUUUUGCGCUUGAGGGACUGGAUGCAGUUUUUGGUCGACAAGAAUUGCUUUCACAUCAUUGCGGGACUUGUCAAGCCAGACCCUGAUCGAGAGCAGUCAAUCCUGAAGGCUUUUUGGGCCAAGUAUCGACAAACAAACGCGGACCACCCUGUGUUCUCAAUGCCAUUGGAUCUGAGCCGCACCGCCCCUCUCCUUUACCAUGGGGACGAGGGGAGGGGCAGACGGCGCACGCCGUUUUUGGUCACGAGCUUUCAUUCCCUACUUGGUCGUGGAGUUCGAGCUGGCUUGCAGGCACAGGCCAAGAGUGGCGUGAAGAAGACGUACCUCAAGCUGAGACCUAAUUUCAUUGGGCACUCCUACACUUCGCGAUUUCUGCAAGCAGCGAUGCCCAAGAAGGUUUUCCAGAACGAGGACGUAUUCCAGGCUGUUUUGCGCCAAUGCGCUGCUGAGGCUGAGUUUUUGCAGACUGUCGGAGUCAAGCACAAGUAUACUGGCCAAAGAUACUUUGCUGUUGUGCUCAACGUGUGCGGGGACUGGGCAUGGCUGUACAAGGCGGGAAAUUUGACUCGUUCCUACAACCACUUGGUGAAGACAACUAGGGAUGUUGCGAAUCCUGCUGGCAUAUGUCACUUGUGCCGCGCUGGCACGAGUGGCAUAAGUUUCGAGGAUAUCCACUUGAGAAACCCUGCUUGGCUGGAGACAACUUUCUUGGACAGCCCUUUCGAUGAUCCUUCGCCACUUUGCCGUUUGCUACACCGUCCUGGAAAACUUCCUGGCCUAUUUGCAUUUGACUUAUGGCACAGUUGGCACUUGGGCGUCGGCAAAGCGUUUGUUGCUUCCGCAGCGGUUCUCUUAAGUUUGCAGUAUCCCGGCAGGAGCAAGAGUUCCAGGUUCCAACAGCUCUCAGCAGACUAUUUGGCCUUUUGCAGCGAGAAGAAAAUCCCUCCCAUAUUGUCAAAAGUCACCAGUGACACUAUGGGCUUCGAAAGCAUGAAUGUGUAUCCAAUGGCUAAUUGGUUUAAAGGCGCGCUUACUACCAACUUUUGCUACUUCCUGGAUCACAAGCUCAAUUCGGAUGACUGUACCGACGAGAUGCUCAAGAUGUGUGGCGAAGCUGUCAAGUCUAUCAACGCCUGCAUAUCAGGAUUGUAUGAAGGCGACGUGUUUCUGGCACCUUCAACCGCGCAGCUGCUUGGUGAGCAAGGCAUGCGUUUCCUACGUCGCUAUGCCGCACUGGCGCGCGCAGCGUGCGAGAGAGAGCACGCGUUAUUCACUUUAUUGCCCAAGCACCACGUGCUGCAUCACGCCUUCCUCUACCUGCUGCAGCACAACAACUGCGAGGUUGUCAAUCCCAUGUGUUAUUCUGCUCAGGUUGAUGAAGACUAUAUUGGCAAGAACAGUCGAGUAUCCAGACGCGUCCACCCCAGUACCUGUGUUCAAAGGUGCCUAGAGCGGCACCUUGAGCUGGCGUAUGCUAAGUAUGUGGAGGCAGGCUAUUUGAUUGAGGGCUGA